AGUUAUAAGCAUGGUUAUGUAUACAUCACCACCGUUGCUUAUAUGAGGGGGGUGGGUUGUGAAAAAAAAAUAAAAAAAAUUUUACACACCGAAAUGAUAAUUAAGGAAUAACAUCAUUUGAAUACCAGUAAUACUUUGAACAAUCUGUUAAACUUACUUAGAGAAGUAUAAUAGAAGUUAUAGAAUGACAAGUAAUACUGAGAACAUUGUCAAGUUCGAAAAGGAGGCGGAGGAUUCGUUUCCCUUUUUAGUAUCUGAUGAGAAGUCAUCUACACUUCGAAAUCCAGAGCAUUUGGCUGUUCAAGAAGAAUCAGCUAAAGUCACUACUGAGAAGCCUCAAGUUAAGGCAUGGGUUCAUUUCGUAGCGGGUGGUAUUGGUGGAAUGGUUGGAGCUGUGGUUACUUCUCCGUUGGAUGUUAUAAAGACCAGAUUACAAUCUGAUGUAUAUCAUUCGAUGUAUAACCAAACUCCAAAAUCAAAGAAUCCAUUAAUUCAAACUGUACAACAUUUAAAAGAAACUGGAUCAGUCAUUCGUCAAUUAUAUAUUAAUGAAGGAUACCGUGCAUUAUUCAAAGGAUUGGGUCCAAAUUUAGUAGGUGUCAUUCCAGCCAGAUCCAUUAAUUUCUUUACUUAUGGUUCUACCAAAUCAUUCAUAACUGAAAACUUUAGUAAUGGUCAAGAGGCUACUUGGAUUCAUUUAGUUUCUGGUAUCAAUGCUGGUUUCGUCACAUCAACUGCCACCAAUCCAAUUUGGUUGAUUAAAACAAGAUUACAAUUAGAUAAAACCAAGGGCAAACAUUAUAAAAAUUCUUGGGAUUGUCUUAAACAUGUGGUAAAGAAUGAAGGUAUAUCCAGUUUAUAUAAAGGUUUAAGUGCAUCAUACUUAGGUGGAGUUGAAUCUACUUUACAAUGGGUUUUAUAUGAACAAAUGAGAAUGUUUAUAAAUAAAAGAUCGAUUGAAUUACAUGGAACUGAUCCUAAUAAUAAAACCACUAGAGAUCAUGUUUUAGAAUGGUCGGCUAGAUCAGGUGCUGCUGGUGCUGCUAAAUUCAUUGCUUCAUUAAUAACGUAUCCUCAUGAAGUUGUAAGAACUCGUUUAAGACAAGCUCCAUUGGAAUCUACGGGUAAACCAAAAUAUACCGGUUUAAUUCAAUGUUUCAGAUUGGUUAUAAAAGAAGAAGGUCUUGCUAGUAUGUAUGGUGGUUUAACUCCUCAUUUGUUAAGAACCGUGCCUAAUUCCAUCAUUAUGUUUGGUACUUGGGAACUUAUUGUGAGAUUGUUAUCAUAGGAUUAUAUCUACUUCCUGUUAUCACGUUAUUUUUUAUUUCACUUGUUUCAUAUCAAUAUCAAUCCAGAAAAAGAAUGGAUUGAACUUUCAAAUUAAUUAAUCUACUU